AUGGGACAAGUCAUCACAACACAAUUUCAACAAGCAUGCGAUGAAGACAAUGUCGAAGCCUGUCGGAAUUUACUCCUUACCAACGAAGGAAGAGAAUUGUUUAAAUAUGAAUUUGAAAAUUCAAGGACGUUAUUAAUGGUUGCAGUUCGGAGUGGAGCCACUAAAAUCGUUCGAAUGUUAUUCACGGAUUUCCGAGACCGAACCGUUUCCAUGAUCGAUCAUGUAGAUUGGGCCAAAUAUACUGCGUUGCAUUGGGCAUGUUGGAUUGAUCAUGUAGAAAUUGUGAAAAUUCUAAUUGAAAAUGGAGCCAACGAUCAGAUGGUCAAUGAAGAAGGAAAACGAGCUAUCGAUAUGUGUAAUUAUGGUAAAAAAACUGGAGAAACAUUUGAUUACCUUAAUUCCAUGAAACCUUCUUUUUUAGAGUUUAUGAAGAAAGCCCUACAACCGACAAAAUACAAUCAUUCAAGUUAUAAACCUGGAGAGAAAAAUGAAGAUUAUACCAUGAAAGACUUGGACGAUGGAUUUGUGGAAAUUGAAAAAUUAGAUUAUUCAGAAAUCUCUUCAACAGACAUUGGUAAAAAAAAUCCGCAACAAGGAGUGGCACUUUCAUCUUUUGGAACACAACAACAUCCCAUGUUCUCAACCCUUACCAAGCAACAAAUGUUUCGAAACAUUACACAAAGUUUUCGAGGUGGAGAAUCAUUAGUGAAUCAACAACAAGACUCUGAAUUUCAUCCAUUAGAAAAUUUAUCCUCUCGACUACGAUGUACUUCACUCGAUAGUAUUGAAUUGGGAAAUUUUGUUGGAAAAGGAGGAGAGGGAAGAGUUUAUUCUGGACGAUGGAAAAAGUCGCAAGUGGCCAUUAAGGUCAUUUCACAUCCAUACAUGACAAGAACACUCGCAAAUCAUCUCGAUCUCAUUAUGAAUAUUUCGAAUAGUUAUUGCAUUCCACAUCAUGCCUAUGCUUAUGACUCGGAAAAUUCAAAACUGUAUAUAGUCAUGGAAAAGAUGGAUUGCAGUUUGUGGGAAUUUUUGAUUGAAAAUAAGAAGCAUUUGAGUGUAAGAGAAAAGGUUGAGAUUUUGUUAUGUAUUUCGAAAGGAAUGUUUUAUUUGCAUGACAUGAAACCUCCUAUUUUACAUUUGGAUUUAAAGUUGGAAAAUAUUUUAAUGAAUAUUGGCCAGAAUGGAAAACCAAGUCAUGUGAAAUUAACAGAUUUUGGACUUGCUCAAUUUAAAACUACGGAUUUAUUGGUGCUGGAUUGUCCAUUGGGAACGUUACGUGCCAUUAGUCCUGAAAUUUUACGAAGUGGAGAAUGCUCUGAAAAGUGUGACGUGUAUUCAUUUGGAAUUCUCAUGUAUGAGUUGUUAUUUUCCAAAGUUGCGUAUGUGGAAGAGGAGGAUACUAACGACGGCAAUGAAAUGAUAUUAAUGGCUGUUGCCAACCAAAACAAGAGACCUACAAUUCCGCUCGUUCGUGACUUGUAUUGUGACAAUGAGCAAGAACUAUCCAUAUUUGACAAAUUAUUGAGAUUGAUGCAAGAUUGUUGGGCUGGAUCGGCGAGUGAGAGACCAAAUUUUGAUAACAUUAUCUCAACUCUGGAGAAAUUGUUGCUUUAA